AUGCGUUCCCGGUCGCAGUUUCCACGGCAGUCACCGAGGGAGAAAUGGCUUCGCAGAGACCUGGAGGCCUCUUCAGAGACCUGCAUGGCACGGCCCGAGAGUGCGCCGGGCAAAGCCUUCCGGCGGGGAGAGGCGCCGCUGCAGGGCCGGGCCGGGCCGACGAGGAGGGCGGCGGGAGGUGCCCUGGCUCUGGCGGGUGGAAAUAAGGAUAACAUCAGAGCAGGAUGCAAGAAGUGCGGCUACCCUGGUCAUCUGACAUUUGAAUGUCGAAACUUCCUCCGAGUAGAUCCUCAAAGAGAUAUUGUUUUAGAUGUUAGCAGCACUAGCAGUGAAGACAGUGAGGAAGAAGAACUGCAGAGAUUGCAAGCCAUGCGUGAAAGAAAGAAUUUAAAUGAGGAGGAAGAAAAAAAGAAACAAAAACGAAAAAGCAAAGAAAAAACAAAAUUAAAGAGAUCAAGGAAAAGGUCUUCCUCAUCAAGUGCAGCUGAAGAGGAUGGGCCAAAGUCAAAAAAACAAAAAUCUCACAAAAAAGAAAGGGAAAAGGAAAAGAAGAAUAAAUCUAAGAAAGGAAAACAUCAUAAAAAGGAGAAAAAGAAGAGGCGAAAGGAAAAAAGUUCAUCUUCUGAUAGUUCAGACAGUUCUAGUAGUGACUGAGGUCCUGGCCUAUUUUUGCGUUUACUUCUGCAGAGAAGAUGAUUUUCCUUUCAAAUCACAUUUAUUUAUGCUUUGCAAUGCUGUUGUUUUAAAAUGAGAUAUAUAUAUUUUUAAGAAAUCUAUUUGCAAAUAUCAGUGCUUCAAAUUAUUAAAUGGACCAUUUGGGGAAAAAAUCUGCUCUUCUACUUCAAGUUUAUUAGUAGUAAACCAUGUUAGUUUAACUAGUUCUUCACUCUUAUUCUCAGGUCAGUUGUGAUUAGUUGUGUUUGGAAUUCUUUACGCUAGGAUAUGGUGAACUUCGUUUUGCACAUCUUUGUGUAGAAAGAUGUGGACUUAAAUAUGUUUAAUGUCAGAAUGGUUAAAUCAAAAUUGGAAAUUCAAGUGAGAUUUUUCUAUUAUGUUAUCCUUUAAAUAAAUUUAUGUUUUGCAUAACAUUUUCUGCUUACAUAAAUUAAUCAGUAAGUGCAAAUAUGAAAUAGCGUUCAGGUCCAAAGAAGGAAAAGAAUGGGCAAUGAGAAGCUAAAAGAGAUUGCUCCUUCAAAAUUGUCUUCUAAAAUUGAUCUUGUCGUAGACUGUGAAACACAAUUACACAUUCUUUUGGCAGAAUCACUGUGAGCAAGCUGAAAACAAAUGAAAGCUAUUAAUUUUUCUGGUUAGGUUUUGUUCCUUUACAGUUAUGGCUGUUUCAUCUUUGACAUAGGUAUAAAGUGCCACUUCCUAACACUAGAUGACUGUCCAGCAAGAUUGUUUACAAAGUUCUGAGAACUGUCUUAAUACAGUACAUGGUGAUUAAUGCCUACAUGAACUGAAACAUGAAAUUUAAAGACAGACAAUUGACAAGAAUCAUGAAGCCUCCAUUCAUUCUAAUAAAACUCCCACUGAAACAUUAAAAAACGAACAAACAAACCAACCUCUUGUGGAAUGUAAGCUAUCAAUCAUGUUGAAGUUGGUAACAAAAUUUACCACUUGCUGUCGGGAGCAAUGUUAAACAUGUCGAAGUUUGUAACUGUUUUCUGAAAUACCCAGUUCCUAUCUUGUACCGUAGUAGGGUACGGGUUCAAGACAGGCUGAUACUUUUGAGUUGAGCAGGUUUUAGGUGUAUAAUCCUACCCCAGAAAUGCCUAAACCUCGAAGUGCCUAGGUUUACAGCUUCUUGAAAAUGCCCUUCAUGCCUGCGGUUUUGGUGGUUUUUUACUUAGACACAGAACUGCUUCCACCUGAGCAGCCUGGCAUACAGCUGCACUGUAAGUCUCAUGAGAGUCAAAAUGUGAGGAAGAGCAACACCUAAGCUUAACAAUAAUAUCCAUUGCUUAUGUUUUCUACAGUGGGUUAAAGCAUUGAGUCAGUACAAAAUGUUUUAUGGUAUUUGGUUACCACAUUUGGCCUAAAAGUCAGAUACCUAAUUCUGUCUUUCAGACUUUUAUGUCUCAGACCAGUACCCUUGUUAUUGGGCAGUUAGUGCUGUAGAUGCUGUGCUAGGGAACAUUAAAGAUCAAAAUACUCAUGGAAGCCCCAGACCAAAGAGAAAUAAUCUGUAACCUUCUAUGUAGGUCUCUCAGUAGAGGAUGGCAAAAGUCUGUGCAUCUGCCAUUUUUCAUACUGGCUUUGGUCCAAUCUAUUUUUUCAUGUCUUAGAUCGUGAUUUCUGGGAAGGGCUUGGAUAGUAUAACUGAAGAGAGGCUGGACUCCUUAAUUAGCUGUUACCUGUGCAUAGUAUGAGGAACAUUUCUUUUGUAAGUACUAAUUUAACAGAUUCUGCCACCCUGUUAGCUCUAGUCUCCUUAGUGUUGUUGUGUCUGUUAGAGCUUAUUUUUCACUGGGUUAAUUCUUUGAGCCAGUCAUUCUCUAGAGAGCAACAGGGUAGUUGUGGGCUACUUAAGGCAGUACUGUUGCCAAAGGAAAUAUUUAAUCAAGCCACAGCAUAAGACACAAUUCAUUGUGAUUUUUUUUCCCCUAAAACAUUCCUUACUUAAUGAGACUGGAAGGGUUAUUGGAGUUAGGGGAAUUCAGAACUCGUAUGCAAUUCUCCUGUGAUCUUCCCAUGAUGUCCUGAUGAUCCUAUGAUGCCAGCUCUGGGGAAUGGGAUUUUGUACCUUACUUGUUUCUUGAUUUUUGAAAGCUUCAUCUGAAGACAAAGAACUGAAAGGAAAUUUUACUGAGCUUUCUAUACCAGAAUGGCUGAAGAGUUUAUUAAGAACCCUUAUUAGAGUUAGUAUAUCUCUGUGCAUAAGUAUAAAUUAUCCAUCAAACCAUAUUUAAUGACAAGAUAGAGAAUAGAUAGAGGCUUAAAGUUCAGAAAAGCAACUGGUAUAUAUUUUAGUAGUGCUCCUUAUACUUCUGUGUGGUUUCAAAUAGCCUUUUUAGAUUCUAGUUCUAAAUGUUGAAAUCAAGUAUUACCUAUCUAAAUGACAGUGCAAUUACCUUCCAUGUAGCAUUACAGAAGCUAUUUAUGGUAGUUACAGUGGUAUUUUGUACAAGAGUCUAAGGCAUGAAUUUCAGUGUUCGUGUUUUGCCACUUCUUACUAGCAUACAUAAUUUUCAUGUUGGAAAAAUGAUUUUCUAAUUUGAACAAUUUAAAUAUCUCUAUUGUCUCAAUUCAUACAUAAGAGAGAGAAUAUCAUGUGUCAGCUUGUUUUUCAGGAAAUAUUCCAUUUUUAUUUACAAAGAUGUACAUUGAAGUCAAUAGUUUUUGCCACAGAAGUGCUCAAGUUUUCAGGGAUAUGAACUGAUAUAUCUGCUACAAUAAACAGUUCUCUGCCAAGUUAAUAUUUGCUAAUCUUUAGAAGUUAUAUAAAAAUGAAUAUUACGGGUUUUCUUAUUUGAUUUAGCCAUAAUUUUAGUGAGUCUGAUGUAUUGUAACAGAUGUUAUUGUUUCACAUGAGUCUCAGCUUGAACCAAAAUGCCUACUCGGGUUCCAGAAAAAGAAGAGA